CCGCCGCUUCCAGCAGAGGCUCAGCAGCAGCAGAAGAGGAAGAAGAGGUGGAGGAGGAGCAGAAGGACAUACGAGAACAUCCCAAAGUUUCAGGCUGCAGCUGUUCGGACGCAGCGGACUGAACAUCUGGAGCAGGUGGCUCAGCUUUAACCUGAACAUCUGCUGAGGACUCCUGGAACAGCCCCACCAGCAGAUCCUGCAUUCAGAUGAAGUCACUUUUUACUCUGACUGACAACCCAACGUAGCUGACGGACAGACAUCUUCUCACGGCGUUUUUCUACCUCUCCUUGCUUCUCCACUUGUCAAGAGAGGCGGUUUUUUGAAGUGAUCAGCCCAACUGAAAAACGGUGGAAGAGUGCGUCUGACAGCUCUGACCCACUUAUCAGCUCCGACAGGAACAACUUUGCAUUUUAGCAGGCGGCAAACAGGGAAAAAAGAUUAAGGCCACACCUCUCUGGGUCAUGUCACUCCGACUGACCUAGAUUUGACGAAAUAAAUCGGCCACCUGAGGAAAACGUGUCGUCACCGUGAUGCCCGCCUCGUAGACUAACCGGCUCUCUGCAGUGAAGUGAAGCUCCGCGGCGCUGCUCAUCAUCGUAAGGCCACAUCUGCACCGUAACCCCGAUGAACGCCUUCCCUUCCUUCUCUGCACCUCCACCCAACACACCAACCAUCCAGUCAGUGUGUAAGCCCUGUCUGAGGGCCCCGUGGAGGAUGAACGAUGUGCCCACACUCGACUAUGAGUUGCUGCUGUCCCCGGCCAGCUCCUCCCUCCCCGGCGGCCCCGGUGGUGGCAGCAGCAGCCCGCCUCUGGCGCUGGUCGGGGUGGACGCCGAGCAGCGCACCGCCUUGGCCUUCGUAGGCCUCCUCAUGCUCUUCCUGGUCUUCCUGCUGGUCAGGUGCUUCAGGAUCCUGCUGGACCCCUACAGCCGCAUGCCCGCAUCAUCCUGGACUGACCACAAGGAGGGGCUGGAGAGGGGUCAGUUUGAUUACGCUCUGGUGUAGGCUGGAAAGCUGCUCCCUCACUUUUAGAAGCAGUUCAGACGCAGAGACGGCGGUGCGUGUUGGAGUGAAGCCUGGCUGAACUCACUGUGUGCUAGAGUAGAUACACUACCAUUCAAAAGUCUGGCCUCACUCAGAAAUGUCCUUGUUUUUGAAAGAAAAGCAGUUUUUUCAAUGAAGAUAACAUUAAAUGAAUCAGAAGUCUAGAUAUUGUUAAUACGGUAAACGACUACAGGAGGUCCUCGACUUACAUCAGGGUUCUGUUCCUACGAUGUGACCGAAGAUGAUUUUCACCGUAAGUCAGAACUCUGGUGAAAAUGUAAACCAACCCGUUACUGCAUCACGAUAUCCAUCAGUUUACAUAUUUAUACAACCACAGUAACACAAACAGUCAUUAGCUCACACUGAAACACAACUCAGUACGAAAAUACCGGCAAAAAUGUAAAGUGUAAGUCUGACUGAUGCUGGGAGCCAUGAUGUUAGCGGAUGUAGCAUCAUCCAAUGUGGCGGCAAACGCAGACAAAGCUGUCGUAUAGCACCGCACGACGACUGAACAUACAGUAUUCAUCCGCUCCACUCACCAACUAGUUCCACGGAACCAUUUCCGUACAUUCAGUUCUGAUAUAACGAUAAAACAACGUAAGUCGAGGACAUCGUAAACCGAGGACCUCCUGCAGUAAACAGCUGAUUUCUAAUGGAAUAUCUCCAUGGGGGUACAGAGGAACAUUUCCAGCAACCAUCACUCCUGUGUUCUAAUGCUACAUUGUGUUAGCUAAUGGUGCUGAAAGGCUCAUUGAUGGUUAGAAAACCCUUGUUCAGUUAUGUUAGCACAUGGAUAAAGGUGUUCAUGGAAAACAUGGAAUUGCCCAAACUUUCGAAUGGUAGCGUACGAGGCUGCAGGACUGUCAGUGCGGCUCAACUCCCUGCAAACACUCGCCAAAACCCAGACGCUGGACCACGAAGGACAGAAAUAAUGAGCUGCACAGCUGCCUUAACCUGACCUCCUGCAACCGUCACCACAGAAUCACUUCAGGGCUCCAAAACUCCCCAGCUUUUAAAACACAGAAUGAUUUAGGAGCAGCGUGGUUUUUAUCAGACAGAACAUGAAUGGAGGAGUUUACACCGAAGCAGACGCCCCUUUAACAAACCAUUAAAGUGCUGAUCCAGGAGCACAAACACUCGCUUUUUUCUGAUCCGUGAGCAGCACUAGACUUCCAACAUGCUUUCAGCAGGUAGUUUGUCUCCACGAAAUAUCGUCUGUGUACAUUUUGUGUGUUACUGUGUCUAUAACUGAGAAGCCAUAUUGAAACUAUAUAACCCCUGCAAGUAGAGUUUACGUUCCCCGGUCGUGUCCUUCGCCGUAGUCGGCCUGCAGAGCGUGGUGAUGAAGCAGACAGCGACCUUUAGGCGAGAGAAAGCUUUAUUUUUCUAUUCUCGACUCGAGUUUUGGAGUCUCCUUUUUGCUAUCUUUUUCUCUCUUCCUCCUCCUGUGUCGAUCUUUAGACUGUGGGUUUUUUGAAGUAGUCUUGCAGCCCAGGAGGCAAAGCAGGUAGCUUUGCUUUUUCUUCUGCUUUGUAAUUGCAUAUUUUUCUGAACUCUUUGUUUUUUUGAUACACUGGAUCAAAACAGUGAAAAUAAUGAGUCCUUCAGAUUUACUCUUCUCUGAUUUCCACUGAUUCCUGGACUGGAAAUUAAAUAAAAAAGGACUUCCUGC